UGCGUGCGUGCGUGCGUGCGUAGGCUGCGUGUGAUUGUGUCUGUUGUCCUGCAGAAGUGGUACAGCCCACGCGGGUCGGUCGCUAUGGAGAGCAGCUCCCCAGGAGCGCGAGCCAGCCAGACAGAGCAGCGACGAGCGAGGAGCGACGAGGACGGACCAGAGAGUGCCACAGCGCGCACACACACACACACACACAGGAAUCAUGGAGAAGAGGACUUUGCCAUCUAACGGACUGCGACUGUUAACAUCACUUCUCACCUUUUACGGACUUUCCUUGCAGAGGACUCCGGCAGAUGCAAUGCAAACACAGGGUAACACAAGCACUGCAGGUGUGAGCAGUAACCAGGUGGUUGUGCCCGAGAAAGUGAAUGCAGUGCUGGGGAAGAACAUCACACUGAGCUGCAGAAUAGAGGUGGGCUCCAACCUCACACAGAGCUCCUGGGAGCGUCGUCUCCCUUCAGGCACCAUUACCUUGGCAGUGUUCAACCCCGAGUUUGGAAUCUCUAUCUCUCCAGAAUACACCAAGCGCAUCUCAUUUGUUUCCCCCUCUGUACGAGAUGCUUCCAUUACCAUUGAAGGAGCUGGCUUUGCAGAUGUCGGGUCCUACACCUGCAAAGUGGUAACAUUUCCUCUGGGCAAUACACAAGCAUCAACCUACGUUAAUGUAUUAGUGGAGCCAAAGGUGUAUGUGUCCGCCGGCCCCACAGCUCUGCUGGAUGGUGGCAACGAGUCGCUGGUGGCCACCUGCAUAGCAGAACGUGGCCGUCCCGCUGCUGAAGUAUUCUGGGAGACGGAGCUUUAUGGACGAAGUGAGAAACAAAGUCAGGAUGAGCCCAACGGCACCACCAGUGUACAUGUGCGCUACAUGUGGCCACCGCAGAGCUACGCGCAGGGGAAGACGCUCACCUGUGUGGUGCGCCACCCGGCCCUGCAAACAGAGUUCCGCAUACCCUUCAUACUAAAUGUUCAAUUUGCUCCAAUGGUAUCGAUAAUAGGAGUUGACAAAAAUUGGUAUGUGGGUCAAGAGAAUGUGAAGUUCACCUGUGGAGCCAAAGCCAACCCACCUGCCCGUGACUUCACAUGGACCAGGUUGGAUAGAUUGAUGCCUGAUGGUGUUGAGAAAUCAAACAAUAGCUUUGCUUUCACUCGCCCGUUGGAGCGCAAUGACUCUGGAGUGUACCGCUGUAUAGUGAUAAACGACAUCGGUCUCCGCAGUCAAGAUGUAAACCUCUGGGUACAAGAUCCUCCCCCCACCACGGCCGCCCCCAGCACCACUGCAUCGCUCCUCCGCGACACCUCUGGAUCCGGCACCGCCGCGGACCAACGCAUAGCCUUGUUUACCUCUCCGACCCUGGCAUCCCUACCCGACGGCAGCCUGGGCACUAUUGUCGGCGGGGCCGUAGGCGGCGUUUUAUUCCUGAUUCUCUUGCUGAUCCUCGGCGGGGCGUGCUUCAUGCGACAGCGCAGGACCUUCCGAGGAGACUACUACACCAAACAGUACCUGGGACCCUCGGACAUGCAGAAGGAGUCCCAGCUGGACGUGCUGCAGCCGCACGAGCUGCAGGAGGUCUACGGGGACAAGACGAGCAAAGGCAGCCAGGAGCUGAAACCCAAAUUGGGCGGAGACAUCAUUUACCCCGACUACAUCCCCGACCACAAGGAUAGGGACGACUGGGCUGACAGGGGGGAGGUCCACAGGGGCCUCAAGGAGGGAAACUACUACCCAGAUCACUACAACACCCAGAACAUGCACCCCUGCGGGCCUCCUGUGCACAGCACCAUAGUGGCCAACGGCUCCCCCUACCUCCCGGAGGACUGCUAUGACAAUGGUACAGACAGCGACUACGUGUCCCACAUGGACGGAUCUGUGAUCUCACGCAGGGAGUGGUAUGUUUGAGGAGAAGAGCCAAGGGAAGAAAAAAACAGACGAAAUUCAAACGACUGAGAAUGAUUUAACAAGUGACAGAUAUGAAUAUCGUUAAAAGGUGUUAUUUCAGUUAAAGGAUGAAUACAAUUUCUCAGCUCAGUUACACAACGAGCUCUUUGAACAAUACUGCUCUGCCUUGAUUGUAACCACUUAACCUUAAGGACAUGUAUGUGGAUUGUAUUACACUUUUGUAUCUUUUCAAGGAGCUACAAAUACGUUGGAACGCCUCAGUGAUAUUAUCUGUGGCUGGUAUUAUCAGGCUUAAGAGGCUUUGGCAUACAGUGAAGUUUGGACGGAUGUGAAUGAGGUUUUGUAUUCUGCUUGUUUGUGUCUUUAACAUAGGUCAGGUGUUCAGACCCUUGUUAGUGAAGUAUUUAUAUCCCUGACCGACUGAGCUCUGCUCUCAUAAAACCUUCCAACUUCUGUGGCAUUUUUCAAAAUGGUCUCUUGAUUGCUUACGGCGUUUUCAUACUGUUGAAAUGUUUAUCAUGGCUGCAACCAGUAUUUAAAGCAAAUUAUAUUGCAUGUGUUGUUUAAAGACAAGAUGUAUCAUCAAGUAAAAGGGAAGGUUUGUCAGUCACGUGAUUAAAAGGGAGAAUUACACUGACCAACAAACUGAUUGAUGCUAGUACAUUACAAAGAAAAACCUCUUGUAAACCUCUGCUUAGUUCUCCAGUGGCUUUCUCAAACUCGGUGUAUCUUCAGUCAAUUAUUCAGCCUGUCAGCUGACAGAGAGAGGCCACCCCCUGUGGAAGUACUUUUACUUUUAGCUUCAGUUCAGCUUAUUUAUUUUACAAAUAUCUCUCCCCUGGUUACCGUAGUGACAGCACGUGUGGUUAAAUACUGCAGCAAACACUCGUUGAGCAGCUGCUUUUACAAGAGGAGCAACUGGUGAAUCUAGUUAAAACAAAUUAAAAAUAGUCCGCCAACAAAACAAGUGCAGAAAAUUACAGUUGUCAUGCUUUGUAGGCGCAUUUGUGAUGAACGAUUGUGUUCAGUGCUAACUGCAGCGACAAAUACUUUCCAUUUCCUGUGAUUGCUUCACAAUAAAAGCCACCCUGAACUGGA